UUGACUUUAAAUAAUUCGAUUUUGACAUUGACACCAAAGAAAAACAAAUGGAUUUUCGUAAACUGUAUUUUCAAAAAUUUGAUUAAAAUACGCAUAUAGUUGAAUAAUAAAUGUUUUCGAGCGUUAAAUAUUGCGUGUUAGAACAAAUAGAUAACAUUACAUUACAGUGUAGCAGCUAAGUCACAUUUUUACAGCAAUGGUCGAGGAUUCCAGUUCAAACACAAACAAACCUAAGGCAAAAGCUACUCGACCCAAAGCAGUAUAUUUAUGGACAGAGGCUGAUGUCCAAAAAUGGCUCAGACGCCAUUGUGGCGACUACUAUAAUCUGUAUUGGGAAAGAUUUCAUGAGCAUGAUAUAACUGGCAGAGCACUUGUACGAAUAAACGACAACACAUUGCUUCGCAUGGGCAUAACAAAUAAAGAUCACCGUGAGGCGAUAUGGCGGGAAAUUCUAAAGCUGAGGUUAAAAAGUGAUAUUGUUGAAAUCCGGGACUUGGAGCGCAGACAUAACUACUUCAACUACGACUUGUGACACAGAAGCCACUGUGUGGUGGGAUUUUUAUUACCCACUCACCCUGUUUCAUUGGAACAUCUCAUUUCAUACAAUAUUCUAUUGAAUUUUGUUAGACAUCUUUUCAGUGCCUUAGUGAUAAUACACAGAAUCAAUAAAAUCCUUAUUGAAUUUAGAUAGCAUUAAGAUAUUAUCAUUGUUAACACACAGUUCCUAAUGGUUUUGAAAAUUAUAGAAUAAUUUGGGAAUGUUAGUCUUAGGUGCCAAAAAUGUAAUUCUGUGGGUUUUUAAUUUUGAUUACAUAAGCAAAAGAAAUAUUCCUAAAUCCAGCCAAUAUGAGUUAUGAUAAAAACAUGUUUAUUUGUUGUCAUGUUUAAAUGUUGUAAGAGUAUGCUCAAACUAAAUUUAUUGUAUUUGUUUUUUAUUAAUGUAAAUAUUUAAGCAACCAACUAAGGGAGUAAUUGUAUGUUCGGAAUGGACAAUACUUGUCUUAAUGAGAUAAUAAAUAAAUAUAUGAAGUUUAUAGUUA